AACUGCUGGGUGUCAGUCACCCCGGCUUCGGUCGUCCGGUGAGGCCCACAGCGGUCCUUAGAGCCGGGUGAGGAGGACGUCUUGUGGCCAGACACACAAGUCUCUCUGCACCCCACAGUGACAGUCCAUGUGGAUGCUCCAUUUUCCAGAAACUUUUUGAUCUUUCAGAGCAAAAGAAAUAUUUUAAUUUUCAAAUUAUGGUUUAAAUUUAUUCAGACAUUUAAUAUUUCCUUAUGGGAAAACAUCUAAAAUCCUAUCUCCUAGGUCGUAUUGUUUGUACAGAAAUAUACAGUACAUUAGCAUUAUCGGUAGUCACUCUUCUUUGCAAGAGAGCCCCAGAACUUUGUACUCCUAACUAAUUAUAACCUAGUAUCUGCUAACCAGCUUUUACCCAUCUCUCCUUACCUGGCCUCUGUUACAUUUGUAACUCCUGUGAGAUCACUGUUUUCUAGACUCCAUAUGUGAGUGAGAUCAUAUGAUGUGUGCAUAGCUUAUUUCAGUUAAUAUAAUGACCUCCAGUUCCAUCCAGGUUGUUGUAGAUGAUAAGAUUUCAGGCUUCUCUAUGGCUGAGUAACAUUCCAUUGUAUAUACAGACCACAUGUUCUUUAUCCGUUCAUCUGUGGGUGGACACUUAGGUGGUUUCCAGGUCUUGGCUGCAGUGAAUAGUGCUGCCAUAAACGUGGGAGUAUAGGUGUCCCUGACAGAUUUCAGUUCCCUUCAGUAUGUAGCCAAUAGUGGAGUUGCUGGAUCAUACAGAUCUAUUUCUAGCUUUUUGAGGAACCGCCAUACUGUGUCCCACAGUGGCUCUACUAAUGGACACUCCCACCAGCAGUGUGCAGGUUCCCUUUACUCCGCAUCCUCACCAGUGCUGUGUCACCUUUUGUCUCUUUGAUAGCAGCCAAUCCAACCAGAGUGAGGUGGUGUCUCAGUGUAGUUCUGACCUCCAUUUUUCUGGUGAUUUGUGAUGAGCUUUUCUUCACGUACUUGUUGCCAUUUGUGUAUCUUCCUUUGAGAAAUGUCUGUUUAGGUCUACUGUCCUUUAAAAAAUUGGAUUAUUUGCUUUUUGCUGUUGAGUUGUUUGAUUUCCUUGUAUAUUCUGGAUAUUAGCUCCUUGCAGAUGUAUAGCUUGCAAAUAUUUUUUCCCAUUCUCUAGGUUGUCUCUUUAUUGUUUCCUGAUGUUGUACAGAAGCUCUUUAGUUUGAUGAAAUCUCAUUUGUCUAUUUUUGCUUUUAUUUCCUGUAUUUUUGGAGUCUGAUCCAGAAAACCCUUGCCCAUUCCAAUGUCCUAAAAUGUUUUCCCUGUUUUCUUCUAGUUUUUUCAAAGUUUUGGGUCUUAUAUUUAGGUCUUUUUAUGUAUGUAUACAUUUACUUAUUUGAAAAACAGUGAGAGAGAGAGAGAGAUCUUCCAUUUGCUGGUUCAUUCCCCAAAGGCCCAUAACAGCCAGGGCUGGGCCGUAGCCAGGAGCCUGGGAUCCAUCUGGAUCAAGGACCCUAGUACUUGGACCAUGAUUUGCUGCCUUCCGAGGUGUAUUGGCAGGAAGUUGGAUUGGAAGUAGAAUAGCAGGGACUUGAACUGGCACUCUGUUAUGGAAUGUGAACAUCCCCAGUAGCAACUUAACACACAUAAUGCCUACCCCAUAUUUAGGUUUUUAAUCCAUUUUGAGUUGAUUUUUGUACUUGGUGUGAGAUAGGGGUCUAGGUUUAUUCUGUAUGUGGAAAUCCACUUUCCCCCACACUGUUUGAAGACUUCCUUUUUCCAAUGUAUGUUCUCAGCACUUUUGUCAAAGAUCAGUUGGCUGAAGAUGUAUGUUCCAUUGGUCUAUGGAUCUGUUUUAAUGUCAAUUACAUGCUAUAUAUAUAUAUAUAUUUUUUUUUUAAAUUUUUGACAGGCAGAGUGGACAGUGAGAGAGAGAGAAAGGUCUUCUUUUUGCCGUUGGUUCACCCUCCAAUGGCCGCCGCGGCUGGAGCACUGUGGCCGGCGCAUCGCACUGAUCCGAAGCCAGGAGCCAGGUGCUUCUCCUGGUCUCCCAUGGGGUGCAGGGCCCAAGCACUUGGGCCAUCCUCCACUGCACUCCCUGGCCACAGCAGAGAGCUGGCCUGGAAGAGGGGCAACCGGGACAGAAUCCGGUGCCCUGACCGGGACUAGAACCCGGUGUGCUGGCGCUGCAAGGCGGAGGAUUAGCCUAUUGAGCCACGGCGCCGGCCAGUUACAUGCUAUUUUAAUUAUUGUUGCUUUGUAAUUUUUAAAGUCAGGUAGUUUGAUGCCUCCUGCUUUGUUAUUUUUGCUCAAAAUUGCUGCAGCUAUUUGGAGUUUUGGUGGUUCCAUAUGUUUUGUGAAAAAUAUCAUUGGGAUUUUGAUGGGGAUUGCUUUGCAUCUGUAAACCACUUUAAGUAUUAUACACAUUUUAGUGAUAUGGAUUCUUCCAGUGCAUGAAUGUGCACUUCCAGUUCACAGGAUGUCUUUCUACUUCUUAUGUCUUAUAACAUGUCUCAUCAAUUUUCUUUCAUUACCUCUUCGGUAAAAUUUAUUCCUAGGUUUGUUGGUUGUUUUGUUUUGUUUUGGUAGCUAUUGGAAAUGGGAUUGUUUUUUUGAGUUCUUUUUCAGAUGACUGAAAAAGAUGCUGUAUAACAACACUAUUGAUUUUUGUAUGUGGACGUUGUAUCCUAUAAUUUUGCUGAAUGUAUUAGUCCUAACAGCUUUUUGGUGUGGUCUUCAGGGUUUCUAGUAUAGAAGAUCUUGUCACCUGUGAACAGUGACAGUUUGAUUCCCCUGUUCUUUAUUUGGAUGCUCUUUCUUUCUUUCUUUCUUUUGCCUGGUUGCUCUGGCUAGGACCCUGACGUACUGUGUUGAAUACAUAUGACAAAAAUAGAGAUCCUUGUCCUGUUUCAGAUCUUAGAAAACCUUUGGUUUUUCUCCAUUCAUUGUAAUAUUAGCUGUUGGCUUGUUGUAUAUGGCCUUUAUUAUGUUAAGAUGUGUUCCUUUUACACCUAAUUUGGUCUGAGUUUUUUAUCCUGAUGGUAUUUUGAAUUUUAUUGAAUGCCUGAUCAUGUCAUUUGUGUCCUUCUUUCUGUUGCUGUGUUGUAUCAUGUUUAUUAGUUUGCAUAUGUUGAAUCAUCCUUGCAUCCUUGUGGUGAAUCCCACUUAAUCAUAGUCAAUAGUCUUUGUAAUAUGUUGCUGAAUUCAGUUUGCUAGUAUUUUGUUCAUCAAGGAAACUGGUCUGUAGUUUUCUUUUUUGUUGUGUCUUUGGUCUUGGUAUCAAGAUAAUUGUGGCCUCAUAGAAUGACUUUGGAAGAAUUCCUUCCUCCUCUACUUUUUGAAAUAGUUUAAGGAAGUAGAUGUUGUGGUACAGGAGGUUAAGUCACUUCUUGGGAUGCCCGUAUCCCGUACCCUGACUAUUCUGUGCCUCUAGUUUAGUUUCCUGCAAGUAAUGCACCAGGGAGGCAGCAGGUGAUGGCCCAAGUACUUGGGUUCCCGCUUGGAUGGAGUUCCUGGCCCCUGGCUUUGGCCUGGCCUGGCCCCAGCUGUUGCAAGUAUUUGGGGAGUGAACUAGUGGGUGGAUGGAAAAUCUGUCUCUGUCUCUCCCUCUCUCACUCUACCUUUCAAAUAAAUAAAUAAAAUUAAAAAAGUAAAUAAAUAGUUGAAGAAGAAUCAACAUUAAUUCUCCUUUAAAUGUUGGGUAGAAUUCAGUAGUGAAGCCAUCUGGGCUUCUCUUUGAUGGGAGACUUUUUUAAAAUUACGGAUUGAAUCUUGCUUCUUGUUAUUAGUGUAUUUAGGUAUCUUAUUUACUAAUGAUUCAAUGUUGGUAUGUUUAUGUGCUGGGAAUUUGUCUAUUUCUGUUCUUCAAUUUGUUGCCAUGUACUUGUUCACAGUAGUUUCUAACAAUCUAUAUUUCUAUGGUAUUAGUCAUAAUGUCUCCAUUAAAAAAUUUCCAUCUCUCUCUCUCUUUAAGAUUUAUUUAUUCAUUUAAAAGGAAGAGUUAGAGAAAGAGGGAAAGAUAGAGAUCUUCCAUCCACUGGUUCACUCCCCAAGCGGUCACAAUAGCAGGAGCUUCCUCCAGGUCUCCCACGUGGGUGUAGAGGCCCAAGGACUUGGACCAUCUUUGGCUGCUUUCCCAGGUGCAUUAGCAGGGAGCUAGAUCUGUAGUAGAGCAGCUGGGACUGGAACCAGUGUCCAUAUGGGAUGCCAGUGCUGCAAGCCGCAGCUUAACCCAUUAUGCCACAACGCCAGCUCCAAUUUUUUGUCUCUGAUUUUAUGUGUUUGAAUUUUCUCUCUUUUUUAUUAGUCUAGCUGAGAGUUUAUCAAUUUUGUUUAUCUUUUCAAAAAAACCAGCUCUUCAUUUCAUUGUUUUUGCAUUGUUUUUUAGUCUCUAUUUUAUUUAUUUCUGCUCUGAGUUUUAUUAUUUCUCUUAUCCUGCGAAUUUUGGAUUUGAUUUGUUCUUGUUUUGCCAGUUCCUUGAGGGAUAGUGGUAUGUUGUUUAUUUGAGAUCUUCCUGCUGUAAAUGGAGGCUGAACAGAAUACUUUAAUUUGUUCAACUGUACUUUAAAAAAAAAAAACAAAAACUUGUGGACAUUAAAAGGUAAGAAAAGGGGCAUGGAAGUAUUUUAGAGAAAGAGUGGAGUAUUAAGGAAUCCACUGGGGUGCCCAGGAGCCCCAAAGGCGCAGCAGCUGCACGGCGGGCAGGCGGCUGCCAGCACCAAGCCCAGGCCGGUGAGGUGCGAUCUGCUGCUGCCAUUCCUUCCUGGAUUUCUCUCAGGUGUGCUGCCGUAAUAAUGCUGGAGUUCAGAAUCUUCCUUUCCUUGGCUCCACAGCAGAAGAUUUCGUUCUCUACAUAUAGAAUAGGCUUCAUGUUUAAAAACAACUGGGUGGUGUUUAAAGCUGAAGAUUGUCAUGGCUGUUUAACCUAAGUUCUAGGCGGAAGUAAGGUUAAUUGUCUUGGAAAUGCUAAUUUGGGGCAAUUCAGUCUGUUCCUGGAACCAUGAAAAUUUUACUGGUUUUUGAUUUUUCAAAUACAAUCAUAGAUGACAACAGUGACACCUGGAUUGAACAGUGUGCUCCAAACAGAAAGCUUCCUGUUGAACUACAAGAUUCUUAUAAAAAAAGAUUUUAGACAGAAUUUAUGGACAGAGUUUUUAAGUAUUUGGGAGAUGAAGUUAUAGGAGAAAAUGAAAUGAAAGCAGUUACAUCAAUACCUUUCACUCCAGGGAUGGUGGAGCUUUUCACCUUUAUCAGAAAGAAUAAGAGGCCGGAUAAAUUUGGCUGCAUCAUUAUUUCAGAUUCAAAUUCAAUCUUCAUAGAUUGGGUUUUAGAAGCUGCCAGUUUUCACAAUGUGUUUGAUAAAAUGUUUACAAAUCGAGCUUUUGAUAACAGUGGUCAUCUCACUGUGGAAAAUUACCAUACUGUAACCUUUUCAAAGAAGAAAGAUGUUGCCAUGCCACAGAAAGGAUAUGCUUCACAGAAAACUCUUUCCAAAGAGCCUAUAGAAUCUUCUGUUUUGGUUUGGUCUUCGGGUGUUGAAAUAAUUUCUUAUUUACAGUUUCUAAUAAAGGAGUAAUAUGAAAAAAAGUAAUCCAAUAAGGGUGCAUAUUUGGCGUAGCGGUUAAGGCAUACUUGGGGCACCUGCAUUCCAUAUUGGAGUGCCUGGGUUUGAGUCCCAUCUCUGCUGUGUUCUGGCUUCUUGCUAAUGCAUAUCCUAGACAGGACAGCGGAUGAUGGCAUGAGCAGUUAGGUCCCUGCCACCUGCAUAGGAGACCUGGAUUGAGUUCCACACUCCUGGCUUUAGCCAGGCCCAGUCCUGGCUGUUGCAGGUGUUUGGGGAGUGAACCAGCAGAUAGGAAUUAUCUCUGUAUCUUUUUCUUUUUCUCUCUGCCUUUCAAAUAGAUAAACUAAGUAAAUAGAAAAUUUAAAACCUAAUAAAACACUCCACAGUAGAUGAAGGGAUUAUUUUGAACAUUUCUGAAGACUUCGUCUUUAUUACAAGUUGACAUCUCACUCAGUGCAUAGCUUGCCAUUUGAAGUGAAGUAGACUCUAAUACACAGUGUGUGCUUUUUGACAUCUCUUAUCUCAUCACCCUUGUCUUCUUCUGGACCAGGGGCAGGCAUGGAAUGAGGUUAAUGUUGUUGUUGAUCUGGGCUUUGGUGAAGAGAUUAGGAGCAGCUCCAUUGUCAGCUGCCAGAAGAAAGAAUUCCUGAGUGUAGUGAAAGGAAAAAACUGAGUGCUGACAGGUUCGAAAACAAGUCCCACUCAUUCUCACCACCGUGUGUGCUGGUCCUUCACUUUCUGCAGUUUCCUCUUGGGGGUGGGGGGAGGGGCUGCUGACACUCACUCUGCGUGAGGCUUUGUGAUUUGUGUUUGAAUGACUGUAGCAACCGAAUGCCUCGCUUAGCCACUUACUGUACUGCAUUAGGGAAGAAAGCACCUAUUUGUUAAUCCUACUGCUGCCACCUUUUUUUUUUCUUC